GCGCACACUUUCUUGCUUCUGACCCUCCCUCCUCCUCCUCCUCCUCGAUCUCUUUCCCUCCUCCCUCGCAACUGCCUGCUGGUGCGAAGGAGAUGUCGGAACCGAGCUCAUCGUCAAAUACAGCUCGCGAGGGCUCGCCGGAGAGAUUAGAAGAGGGCGCGAUACAAAAGCCACAGCAGCGCGACGUCGAAAAGGCCGGUCUCACGCCUGAUGUCGUGCCAAAUGGCAAGGCGGAAAGGGUAGGGCAAGCGCCUGCCCCAGAGGAUGCAGACGUCAUCUGGGUCGAAUUCUCGCCAGAUGAUCCCGGGAACCCCUUCAACUUUUCGCGACGGCGGAAGUGGGCCACGACGAUUCUCGCCGUCCUCUUUACGGCCGAGGUGGCUGCGACGGCAGGUGCCUAUGUGCCCGGCAUCACGUCGAUGGAGCGCGAUCUCAACGUCAAGAACCACGAGCUCUCGCUCCUGGGCAUCAGCAUCUACGCCCUCGGAUUCGGCCUCCCUCCGCUCAUUCUCGCGCCCUUUUCCGAGGUGUACGGGCGCAACGUCAUCUACAUCUUCUGCCACUUCUGCUACACGGUCCUCUUUGUCGGCGUCGGCUUUGCCAACAACAUCUCGUCCAUCAUCGUCUUGAGAUUCCUUCAGGGCGCAUUUGGAAGCACGGGCAGCACCAUGGUCGGUGGGACCAUUGCAGACAUCUGGAGCUCGGCGGACCGAGGCCCGCCCAUGGCACUGUUUGCGACGGGCGCCAUCUUUGCCACGGGCUGGGGGCCCUUCUGGGCCGGCUUCGUCGAGAACAACACCAAGCUCGAGUGGCGCUGGAUCCAAUACAUCCAGGCCAUCUACACGGGCGCCAUCCUGAUCCUUCUCACCGUCUUCCUCAAAGAGACCAGGGGCAGCGUCCUCCUCACUCGACGCGCAGCGAAGCUGCGAAAAGAGACGGGCGACCAGCGGUAUCGAGCCAGGGCUGAGGCCGAACGCGCCACGAUCCCGAUUCUCAUAAAAAAUAGCCUGACGCGACCGCUGUUCAUGCUCUUCACCGAGCCCAUCGUGACCGUCUUCAGCCUCUGGAUCAGUCUUCUGUGGGGAUUCCUCUACAUGCUUCUCGAGAGCAUCGGCCUCAUCACGGAGCUGCAUGGCUACACGCCUGCACAGACAGGCCUCGUCUUUUUGAGUAUCUGCCUCGGCGCCCUCAUCGGCAACCUCACGAACCCAAUCCAAGAUUGGCUGUACUGGCGCUACGAGCCGAAAAAGGGCCCCGAGGCACGCCUCUUUUUCGCCUGCGCCGGCGCCCUCCUCUUCCCCAUCGGCUGCUUCAUCUACGGCUGGACCGCCUACCCGCACGUGAGCAUCGCUGGGCCCGUCGUCGGCGUCACGACGCUCAUGCUCGGCGUCUACAUCAUCUAUCUCGCCGUCUUCAACUACCUCGCCGACGCCUACCUCAUCUACGCCAGCUCCGCCCUGGCCGCCCAGUCAUUCUCGCGAAACGUCUUUGGGUUCGCCUUUCCCCUCUUUGUCGAGCCCAUGUAUCACAACCUCGGCUACCACUGGGCCUCGUCCCUCGCCGGCUUCCUCGGCGCCAUUCUCGGCGUGGUGCCCUUUGUCCUCAUGUUCUACGGCAAGCAGAUCCGCGCACGUUCCAAGCUCUCGAUUGAGCUGCAAAAGAUGCAUCAACGGCAGCAGGAGCAGCGCGAGAAGCAGCGGGAACAGGAGCAGGCGCAGCAGGCGGCAAGAGAGCCAUCAAAACAGCAGUAGUCUCAGACAAUUUGCCUCCAUCUAAUAAUAAUUGCUGGGCCGCUGCUUUUGUCCAGGAAAAGACCG